AUGGAUUCUAAUAAUGAAUUUGUAAUUCAUAAUCAAAUGAUAGGCGUCCCACAAGGAUCUUGCAGCGGUCCGUUUUUGUGGUCAUUAAUAGCAGAAGAUAUUCUACACACUUCAAUGCCAAGAGGAGUUUUUAUUCAAGCAUUCGCAGAUGACUUUGUGAUUGGCGUUGUUAAAGAAACAAUAAAGAGCAUGGGAGAUGAAGCAAACUCAGCUUUAAUACAAUUCAAAAAAUGGGCAGAUUAUUAUAAUUUGAAAGUCUCAACAGAUAAAUCAAGUUUAUUACUUUUUAGAAGAAAAACUAAGAAUCAAACUAUUAAAUAUGGGACUGAAAAAAUUAAAAGAGUAAGGACUUUAAAGUAUCUAGGAAUCAUUCUUGAUGAAAACCUUUCAUUCUUACCACAUAUACAACACCUAAAGACCAAAUCAACCAAUUAUUUACAACAUUUAAGACGCCUGGCAGGAAAAUAUUGGGGCUACAAUAUUCGUUUCAGAGCUCGCUUAUAUGAUUCUGUUUUUCUCAGAAUAAUAGCUUAUGCAUCUCCAAUUUGGGCAAGCAAUCCAACUACAAGAUUGAAUUUAAAUCUUUUGAAAUUACAACGUCCUUUGUUAUUACAUUUAACAGGAGCUUAUGCAACAACAGCAAAUAGUUCUUUACAAAUAAUCACCGGUAUACCUCCUUUAGAUAUUCAAAUUUCCUACGAAGUAAAAAUGGGAACAUUACUCAGACUUAAUAAGGACGUUGUCACAUGUUUUGGAAUUCUUCGAGCGUCUUCCUUUGAAAAGAAAAUCAAAACAAUUUUAUUUCAUCCCAGUGUUUCCUUAACAUCUUCAUUACAAAUAAACUCAUCAAAUUUGGAAAAUUCAAGCACUAAUAUUUAUUCCUUCCGUUACUUCACAGAUGGCUCGAAAACAAAACAAGCUACAACGGCAGCUUUCCUUAUUUUAAAUAACACAACUCCAACUGACGAAACCACAUUUCUUCUAAAUGUCUCCAACUCUAUUUUUCAAGCAGAAGCGUUAGCAAUAAAAGAAGCAAUAGAUCAUGCUGUAACCCACAAUAACUUACCAUCAAUUAUGUACAGUGACAGUCAAUCAGUCAUUAAAUCAAUUGGUAAUCUAAACCCAACAAACUCUUUAAUAGCUGAAAUCCAACAACAACUAAUAAAUCAUGAUAAUAUCAAAAUUUCUUGGAUUAAAGGUCAUUCAACCUCUGCUGGAAACAAUAGAGCCGAUUUUCUCGCAAACCAAACAGCAAAUGGACUCUUAGUACCAACAAAACAGCAUCCUUUGCCAUUUCCAAGAAGUUUUGCAAAGCAUAAAUUAUUACAAGAUCUACGGACUGAUUGGCAAGAACGAUGGGAACAAGACAUAACAGGAAGACUAAUCUACAAAAUCCGUCCGAAAGUUAAACUUACUCCUUUGAAUUUAAAUAGACAUGAAAUUUUUUUUCUUUACUGGCCAUGGCCCUUUCCCUUCAUACUUGAAAAGAUUCCAUAUUAG